CUAAUUAUAGUGCAGUAAAAUUAUGUUCCCUGGAUCAUAAUUCAUAUUCUGGUCUAUGGUUUAUCUGUGGUCCGUGGAGGUGUGUUGUGCAUUGUGUCCUCUAUUGUGUUAUUUUUUAAUUAUUUUUGUGCCUGGAUUCUUUUAGAUAGUUUUUCGUUUGGUUUCAUGUCUUAAAAUUGUGUUCCCUGUGAAGUAUACAUUACGAGUAUAACAAUAUCCAGGCUCGGCGCGGGCAGCGAGUGCGGCGGUGGCGCGUCGGGCGGGGGCGCGCCCGCUCCGCAGUCGGCGCGCGUCUCCUCCAACGGCGCCGGCGGGAUGGCGGUCAGCCGCGUGCCCAGCCCGCUGCACGACGGGAACACGCCCGUCGCCGAGAACUGGUGCUUUACACAGGUGAAGGUGGUGAAGUUCAGUUACAUGUGGACGAUAAACAAUUUUAGUUUUUGUAGAGAAGAGAUGGGUGAAGUGUUAAAAUCAUCGACAUUCUCAGCUGGUGCUAGUGAUAAGUUAAAAUGGUGUCUUCGUGUUAAUCCUAAAGGACUGGAUGAAGAGAGCAAAGACUAUUUAUCAUUAUAUUUAUUAUUAGUGUCUUGUAAUAAAUCAGAAGUUCGGGCAAAGUUUAAGUUUUCAAUAUUAAACGCGAAACGGGAAGAAACAAAAGCGAUGGAGUCACAACGCGCGUACAGAUUCGUCCAAGGCAAAGACUGGGGCUUCAAAAAAUUCAUAAGAAGAGACUUCCUUUUGGAUGAGGCGAACGGCCUACUGCCCGAAGACAAACUGACGAUAUUUUGUGAAGUGUCGGUUGUAGCGGACAGCAUUAACAUUAGUGGACAAAGUAACGUGGUUCAGUUCAAAGUACCCGAGUGCCGGUUAUCGGACGACCUGGGAGCGUUGUUCGACAACGAGAGGUUCUCGGACGUCACGCUAGCGGUCGGAGGCAGGGAGUUCCAGGCACACAAAGCAAUAUUAGCAGCGCGGAGUCCUGUAUUUGCUGCCAUGUUCGAACACGAAAUGGAAGAGAGGAAAAGAAAUCGAGUGGACAUCACAGACGUUGACCACGAAGUGUUACGGGAGAUGUUAAGAUUCAUCUACACAGAUCGAGCGCCUAACCUAGAGAAAAUGGCUGACGAUUUAUUAGCGGCGGCAGACAAGUACGCGUUAGAUAGACUAAAAGUGAUGUGCGAAGAGGCGUUAUGCGUGAACCUGUCAGUAGAAACGGCAGCCGAUACCCUGAUCCUGGCUGACCUUCACUCCGCAGACCAGCUCAAAGCGCAGACCAUAGACUUUAUUAACACGAGUCACGCGACUGACGUGAUGGACACAGCAGGGUGGAAGAACAUGAUCUCUUCGCAUCCGCACCUCAUAGCCGAAGCGUUCCGCGCGCUCGCGACGCAACAGCAACAGAUCCCGCCCAUAGGCCCGCCGCGGAAACGUGUCAAGCAGGUCUAAGCCCACACCGAGGGGCCGUAUUCGCUACGAGGUGCCAAUCGUAACACUAGCAAACUGACACGUCAAAUUUGACGUCACAGAAUCUUCGAACAAUAAUAUACUGUAGCUAUGCAAUAUUAGUCAGAGUGUGUCCGGCUUUUCGGUGAUGUUUAAUCGUGUCAAGAAAUAUAACUUCAAAUAUUUAUUAUUUAAAAAAAUAUACCGCCAUUUUUUUUGCUUUUUUCUGACGUUCAAAUUGGCUUUUUCUCAAGCAGAAAUACUAAAUAUUAUUUUUCACGGACAGCACAUUUGAGACCCUACUUAUAGACUUUGUAUAGCUGCUGAUUAGUUAGACAAUGUUUUCUCUCUAUCAAUAUUCAGUAAAUAGUCAUUUGAAAAAAGAAGACAAAAAAUUGUGUUACUAUACAACCGUAUUACAACGUUUAUUAAUAAGGGAGCUAGUAUAUUAUUGAUCGAAGCGCAGAAUGCAUAUCGUUUGUUUACGAUUCGACUGUAGAAGCAAUAGGGUCCGGUUUGUGCGUUUGUGUUACUGGCCACACCGACCCUGUGCCACUCUCGACACUAAGUGAUAUAAACGGGAUUAAGUGCGGCUUUAUUGCCGAUUGUAAUGGCAAUGUGUGUUUUCUUACUUACGUGCCGCUCUGGUUAACUUUGGUCCGGUGUCGGAAAAAAAUGGUACGGUGUCGAAAAUAAAAUGGCACGGUGUCGAAUAAAAUGGUACGAUGUCGAAAAAAAUGGUACGGUGUCGACCGCCGUUACUGUACCCAUAGGGUUAGUUAUCAAGUUAAGAAACAUAACUCCGAAGUCAUGUUACUUCUGUAAAACUUGGCAAGAGUUAUCUAAUUUUGACAUUUGGUCUUCCACUUGACAGAUUAAUUCGUAAAUAUGAUUUUUACAGGGAAAUUUACUCAAAGGCCACAGUUCUUUAUGCUUGCUGUUGUAAGCUCGGCAAGUUCGGUAUCUUACAGGUCGUUAGAAUGUGGUUUGCAAUAUAAAGUGGACAUAGUUGAGGAAUAUAUCGUCUGUAUAAUAGACAACUAGCCAAUCUUAGAUUAAUGCGCCAAUUAAGGCAGCGACACUCUUAUGAGAAAGAGUUUAAGAGCUUCCAUGUUACUUCGAUGCAGAUUGACGCAUUAACGAUUAUGAUCACAUGUUACUGUUACUAUCCGGGAACAAAGGUUUAACAUGCUCUCCGAGGCACGGCUGUGGACAACGCCGAUUUUCUAACUCCGUUCUGGGAAUGAGAUUUUUUUGCAGAAAAACCAGAGACCUCCAAUGAAAAAUGCUAAUUACCAGACAGUAGAGUCUGUUUAAAUCGGUUUUUACUUUGUUAAUAUUGAUAAACUAUUGAAUUCAAUCUUUUAAAUAAAAUAAUAUAGAAAUUGCUUUAUGAUUAAAACAUUUAUACCAAGUUCCAUAAAUCAGUCUCCUUAAGAUUAUUUAUUUUCUUGCUAGAUCGGCUUUUUGUUACUUUCUUGUGAAAAUAGUUUUGCAAUGUCGUAGUUUAGAUAAGACUAUUCGGCGGCCACACCGAUCUUGUACCGGAAAAACAUUUGUUCAUACCUUUAUACCGAAUUAAUAUCCGUCGAAAUUUUAUCAAUCCCGCCAACUAUUUAAUCACUCGGACAGUCAACGGAAAAUGAUGAAACACAAGUUCUUUUUUUUUUUUUAGUAAUAUACGUGUUCAGCUUUACAGAGUUAUUUGUUUUUAAUGUUUAUUCAAAAUGUAACUACUGUUGAUACAUCAUACAGUAUAUUUAUUACGUUUAGUAUAGUUAAAAAGGGUUACAGAUUGCUCAUAUAAAUUUGAAAAAAUUCGUAAGGGAAGGGAUAAAGAGUAACAGUUAUAUUCCCAUUCCUAUAUAGGACUUAACAACCAAGCGAUUAAAAUUAGAUUAUUAAUAUUUCAACUUUAUAUGAUGUCAUAAAGUAAAUUAUAGUGAAAAUAGUAUACAGCUAGUGAACGUAUACGUAUAACUUUCCUACAAAAAUGAACAACUAUUUACUUUAUGUCAUAUAAAAUAGAGCUCAUAAUUUAAGUCAUUUACCAUGGACUGUCGCAUUGCAAAACUUGAAACGCUCAUAAUUAGUAAUAAAUAAAUAAACUCGUUAUUUAUUUACUUACAAUAAAUCGGAGAAAAUAGCCUGGCGAUAUCAUCGGUACAGGAGUUCGGUGUGGCACGUUUACAAUAUGAAUAUAAUCAACUAAAUAUUUUAUUCAGCUAUUGCUGGUACGGACGUAGAUAUUUCCGCCCGCCUUUAUACCAAAGACGUGCCACGCACUUAUCAGACUAAUGCAAGUAACAGAUUAAACUGCUGAAGAAAGAGCCUGUAUAGUAGGUUUACUUCAGAUAAUUAUUUAUAAUACAAAUUGCGACAUCAAAUUGGGUGUGUCUUUGGUUAGCUAUAAUAUGGAUAUCUCCGAAGUAACAUAAGUCUAUUAAAUGUUGUAUCAUAUCCAAUCUGACUUUUGUAGGUAAUUCAUAUAUAACUUAAAAUAAUUCGAAAUAACUCUCAAUUCUAAACAAUUAAUAUGAUUCCCAUAUAGUAUUCGUAAUAACAAAAGAAACUAAAAAUAAUUUCUCUGAGAUUAUUUUUUUGCACUUUUCGAAAUGUGUAAACACGCUACCCGCAUGUACGAUUAAUCGGAUUAUUUUCACGAAGAAGACGCUUAUGAUUUAUUAAUAGAAGAAACACAUUGGCACCCAACCUGCGUGCCAUCUGUCGUUUAAUGCCGACUGUCAGAAGUGCCAAAAAGUAUAGAUAUAUUUAUAGUUGAUAAUUUGAAUGCUUCAAUAGCUUUCAGUUUAGUGAAUGCAAAAUAUCUACCUACCUUUCUCAUAAGAUUAAGAAAAAUAACUUUUAAGAAUUUUAACCAUCACCGGCAACAACUCAAUAAGAAAAAAUAUAGGUUUAAAAUACUUCAUAUUUUUAGUCAUUAAAUCGAAAUAUUACAUAUCAAUACUUUUUAAACAUAAUCUGUCAUUUACUAAUUGAUGGCACAUGUAGUGUUGUAUUUGUGUUUCUACUGUUAUAAAUAUUGCCCAUAAGUUGUUGUUUGAGACACAAAGUUAGCCGGAGCGUAUGCAAUGAACUUUAUGUAUUGCACUAUUGUUUGCAUUAGUUAUAUGUGCCGCACACACCGCCUUAACCUCCUUUCCCCAUCAAUCCACGCCAUAAUGGACUUUUAUAUCAUAAUAAUUACUAUACUAAUGGAAAUGUACGAGUAGGAGAAAUAGUUUAAACCGAAGUAGACAUCGGCCAUAACGAACAACACAACGGAAUUGUUAGACAAAACUAGAAAGAAUUGAUCUUUAAUUCCUCAAUAUAAGUAUGCGCCAACAAUAUGGAUUAGUCGUAAAAUUAAAUGUUUCGAUGUUUGUAAUUACCAAAAUAAAAAUAAGUAGAAAAUUUAUAUUUUAUAAACAUCCUUAUCAAUGUAUUAAUAAAUGUUAAAAUAGUGAUGUGUGCAAUAUCAAUACUGCUGAAUAUCUGAAGUAUUAGUACAGUGACCGUCAAUCGUUAUGAACGCUUUAAAGUAUGGUUCAUGCCACCUGGACCCCGGGCGCCUUAACACUCAAGAUUGACGGACACAGUACAUUAUACUGUAUAAUACGUAACUUUUUGUAAAGUUCUGAAAAAAUGUAAUGUAAAAAUACUAAAGUAAUAGAAUUCCAUGACAUGGUACUUUUCUUUUAGUUAACAGAACAACAAGAUCUUCAUAUAAUCAAUGACUAACUACUAAAACAUAUUAAUUAAAAAGCAAACUUAAGGUAUCCUUACUUAAUUUGUAGAAAAUACUAUAAAGUGGUAUUCAUGCAGAUUAAUGUUGAUUAAAAAAAAAAACGAUGCAAUAGAUUUCUAUUCCAUUUACCUACUUUGGUUUUUUCGGAACUUUACAAAAGGUCCCAUAGAGUACAUUAAUACAUGAAAGAAACAUUCACAUGAUGUGUUGAUGCCAUUAACGAACUUCUAUACAUUGUGAAAGGUGUGUUGUGUGUAAUGUGAACAAAUCGGUUAAUUCAUAUAAUAUCGCCAUCAAUGAUGCGCGAUGUUAAGUUGACUCCAGAUAUGUAUUAUUUGUCCGAUCUGAUGACCAUGCACGCAUGUCGACACGAAUCAUGCACGCAUAUUUGGAUGGAUGAUACGCAGUCUCGAAAGACCGUUACAAUACGCACGUUCUAGGUUGAGUCUGUUUUGUCUGAAUCAAAAAAGAUUUGACACAUAACUGGACAAUUGAAUACGCAAUCAUAAAACGAUUUAGCGUAAACGUUAGCGAAUGAGUGAGCCACACGAGGAAUGAUACGGUGAUCGGAUCGGUCAAAUAAAACACCUGGACUCUGCUUAUUCGACCUAUACAAUCGUUGAAACUAUUGAACUAUAUAAUAUUAUAACUUUGGAAUCCUAUAAGUGGUUUAAAUGUGACGAGAAACAUAAUAUUAGCAAUAAAACAUUAGUAUUAAUAGAAGUUCUCCAUCAGCCAACUUGUGCACUGACUAUUAGUAUUUGGUGUUAGUGUGGAGUGGAAUUGAUACAAUUCCGCAUAUUACAACAGUGGCCGGUGGACGUGUUACGUAUGUUUAGUUGUGAAUCCUCGGAUUCGUCACUUCGUUUACUAUUAUUGAUCUCAAGACGAUAUUCGAUCCUAACAUUUUGUCUCUCGCGGUCUUAUUGUGCCGCUUUUAAAUGAUUACUUUAAUUAAUGUGUACGUUAUGAUAAUAUGCUGGACGCUUUUUGCGCGUUUACGUAGUUUUGGAAGUAGGCUCGGAGGUAUAUUUUAUGUAUGUGGUUUCUGUGAACAUUCUCUUAUUGUUGUGUUUUAUGUAAAUUAUUGCAAUGUAUCCAAUAUAAACCUCAUAUUUAAAAUGAUGUAUUCAUGUCAUUAAAUAUUCAAACGUAUUGUGUACAUUAUUGGCUAAUAACUUUGACCAUAUAUUAAACAAAACGAAUGGGUAAAAUGUCGUAGUAUAAUAUAAUGGAAUUCGAUUCGAUUAAUCGUGAAUUGCUUUCAGAAAUUUCUUGGUAGAUGUUUAAAGUAGCACUUUUGAUCUACUAAAAGUAGUAUGGUAAUUGAAUGCAAUAAGUGUUUAUAAAGUUUUGUAACAUAGUUUUGUACAAAUUUUAUCUGGAUAGAGUCCAUUCUGAAUGUUCUUGGCCUCUUGUGUGCUUUACUGUACAAAGCUCUGUGACAUUAAUUUAGAUGUUGUAGGUGACUCGAGUGAUUGUAAUAGAAUAUUGAAUUUGUUGGUGUUGUAUAUAGAGCUAUGAUCCCACCAUUACAAUAUAUCUAAGUACUAAAUUUUAAGUUGUAUCACCAUGAGACACCAUUAAUGUUUAUUUGUUACUACACAGGUGAUAUUCCAAUGGCGUAUUGUGAUUUUUUUUCCAUUAAAGUAUCUGUAUAUUUAAAAAUUCUAAUGGUUUUAAUUUCAAUUGAUAAAUGUUUUUGAAGUUAUUUAAAAAGAAUUUUAGUGAAUGAUAGUCAUUAUCUUGCUUCUCCUAAUUGUAUUUUGUGUAUUUCAAGUCACUCACUCUUCAUUUUUAUGCUCGCUUCAUUAAUUAAAAUGUAUGUAUGUUGUUUUUACUUAAAAUUUACUCAACUAUAUAUUGUCUAUUAGGUAUAUACUAUUUUGAUAUCUGUUCUCUAACUCUUUAAGUUUCUUGAUAAAUGAAUGUACCAAUUUCAUUAUAUAAUUACAAUACAAUAAUAUUUAAAUAGUAAUGUACUGUGGCCAAUAAUAUUAUCAAUAUUUAUAAUACCAUUUUAUACCCACAUCCCAUUUACAUACUGGCAGCUGUUGUCGCGUAAUAUGAUAGUUACAAAACAAUUGUCAGAAAUAUUAACUGUGAUUUUCGAAAUUGUCAAUAAGUUGAGCAAAUAAAUGAAAUGAUGUAAUGUA